UGGAGAUAGGGAUUAGGUCAAGGAAGGAAGACAUAUAAUAUCAUUUCUAUAUUCAUUUUUAAUCAUACUUUCAGUUUUAUUAUAAAGAUUUGAAAUACUGAUCCUGAAAGACACGAUAUGUAUCGUCAAACAUGGUCGUACCGGAUGCCAUCUCCCUUUUACCUCCCACAGUUCCCCAUGGAUUACGUCCCUUAUCUACGUCACCUUAUUAAGAAAGAUCGUCUUGACAAGACAGAGGAGGUGGUAAGAAUUCUGUGCAAAGACAUAACAUUCGCUGUCUUCAGAGGCGCAUUACAAAGGGAAAACGUUGACGUGAUAGUAAACAGCACGUCAGAAAACCUGAAACUAACAUUCGGACAGUGUUCCAGGGCACUAUUAGACGCAGCAGGACGAGAUAUUCAAGAUGAGUGUGCUGAAAAAUAUCCGAAAGGAGUCGGAAAGGGCGAUGUAGCAGUCACAGGUCCAGGAAGACUUAAGUGCAAAAUCAUUUGUCACGGCUCCCUUGCAAGAUACGGAGAUAGUCUUGCAGAAGAGGUACAUAUGCAGUUUAUUUCUAACUGCCUGGCAGAGCUGGAUAGACAAGGAUUCUCCACUAUAGCUCUCCCAGCUCUGACUACGGGAUUCCUGAAGUUCCCCAGGGAUCUGGCGGCAAGAAACGCGUGCCGUGCCGUGGAGAAAUAUAAAGACGAAAAUCCCGAAACAACACUUAAAGAGGUCCACUUUGUCAUACACCACAGCGACGAAGAAACCAUUCAAGCAUUUGCAGAUGCUGUUAAAACAUUGGGUCUUGACCAGCAAGAAGCCACAGAAAUCCUUAGAAGAGUAUGCAGCUGUAAAAUAGGGGAAAUUUCAAUCCUGGUGAAAGCUGGCAUAGAUGAAGAUGAAAAAGCUAAAUUCAACAUGGUGGUCAACUUUGUUGGAUCAGCUUCACUUGAUGUUACCACUCGCACCAAACAUGUUGAAAAUGAUAUUCACCAUCUCUCCUUGAUGACAGACGGGGAUAUGGAAAUUGUUUAUUCCAAACAAUUCGAUAAAAAUAAAAUUUAUCAUACCUAUGUGUUACAAUACAGAAAAAACGAUCCACAUUUUAUAAGGAAGGAUAUUGGUGAGGCAGUGUUUAAUUGUUUGACGGAAGCGAAUAGGGCAAAGAUAAGUUCCAUUGUCUUCAUGCUGCACAAGUCCAAAUAUAAUGCACCGCCAAAGAUUGUGUCAAAUGCGAUAUUUGGAGCACUGAAUGACUUUUUAAGCUUUCAAAAGACUACUAUGAAUUUGACAGUGGUUGUACCAGAAACUGAUGGACGAUACUCAGAAAUAGCUAAAGCAAUGAGAGGAGAAUGCAAAAAAUUCCAGAGAGCUUCAGCUACCCCUGUGAUACUCGAGUUUUGUCGUGAAUUGUCCCUCAAAGAACCUCAACUACCGGAAUACUGGACAACAGUUACAGCCCGCAGAACCAUCAAGGAUGUCAACAAAUCAUGGUAUACGUGGUUAAUAGAAAUGAAGUUGAAUCUCUACGCCAGACUGGUUGACGUCGAUGCAGCGACACGACAAACUAUAGAGAAACUGGUUUUAUCCACGUGGGUACCACAGAUGGUUGGACAUGGAAGAGACGCCGAGGGACUGGCGGACCUCAACUACUCUAGUAUAAAGGUUUUAAAAGUGGAGAGGCUCGAAAACAUUUGUUUGUACGAAAAAUAUUCAUAUUUUCGGGCAUACCUUUUUCAGAAGGCAGGAAGAAAUGGAGUUUUCAAACAACUGAGUGAACUUUCACCAAGUAUGAUAAAUGUACUCACCUCGGAAAUAAUGGGUAGGGAUCCAGUCCUGAGAAGCGAUCAGUACCCAGAAGAGGCUAAUGAACACUUUCUUUUUCAUGGAACAAAAACCGAAACGUACAAAAAUAUUCUUUUGAAUGGUUUAGAUAUUAGCAUGUCUGAUAAUAAAGGCAUGUUUGGUCAAGGGGUGUAUCUUGCCGAGAGUCCAACGAAGGCAGACCAGUACACAGAUCACAAAGAUGACAGAACGAAAGGCGAGAAGAAAAUGUUUCUGGUGAGAUCUUGCCUUGGUAGAAUACAUGUAGCAAGGCAUCCCAAACCAAAUCUCCGAAGACCUCCCUGCUUCCAGUCCGGCUGCGAGUCCGAUUCCUGUGCACAUUCCGAGAUUCAGCGCUGUGAUAGUGUGGUCGGCGAUGGAGCCUGGAUAUUCCGAGAGUUUGUGACGUAUAAUCGCUAUCAGAACUAUCCGGAAUACCUCAUCACUUAUGUUAGAGUGUAAUACAGUGUACAUCGUUUUUGUUGGUUUAAUUUAUAGUUUUUGUUCUUGUUUAUAAACACCAAUAAGAGACUGAUAAAUGUACA